AUUUAUUUGUUUUAUUUUUUCAGUGUCCGAGUCCAAAAUUAUUUAUUGUCUUCUCCACCCCUCGCCGGCUCGCCUACCCCUAUAACCCAAAACCCCGACCUGGGCCCCGGCCAGCGCAGAGCGGGCACACACCCUACAGGCAGCAGCCAUGGCUUUCAGAUCCUCUACGAAGCGCCUAUUCUACACACUCUGCACCGAUCCCUUACUCUUCCCUACCACCACGUCGUCGUCGUCGUCCCUCGCUGUCCUUCUCCUCAGGCGGCGGCUGUUUUCCGCUGGAAACGCCGCGCGAGUAAAGGAGGAGAGAGAAUUAUGGUCGAAGGAGUCCAUGGAGAAGCUCCGAAAUAUCGGAAUCUCGGCGCAUAUAGACUCCGGCAAGACGACGCUCACGGAAAGAGUAUUGUAUUACACGGGACGAAUUCACGAGAUACAUGAGGUCAGAGGGAAGGAUGGUGUUGGUGCGAAGAUGGAUUCCAUGGAUUUAGAGAGAGAGAAGGGUAUCACCAUUCAGUCUGCUGCUACUUACUGCACUUGGAAAGGUUAUCAGGUUAAUAUAAUUGACACUCCAGGUCAUGUUGAUUUUACCAUUGAAGUUGAAAGAGCCUUGCGUGUUCUUGAUGGUGCCAUUCUUGUACUUUGUAGUGUGGGUGGUGUGCAAAGUCAGUCAAUUACGGUUGAUAGGCAAAUGAGAAGAUAUGAGGUGCCAAGACUUGCAUUCAUUAACAAACUUGAUCGAAUGGGAGCAGAUCCUUGGAAAGUGAUCAACCAGGCAAGGUCUAAGCUUCGGCAUCACAGUGCUGCUGUGCAAGUUCCAAUUGGGUUGGAAGAAGAUUUUCAGGGUCUUGUUGACCUUGUGCAGUUAAAAGCUUAUUAUUUUCAUGGUUCCAGUGGGGAAAAGAUUGUAACUGCAGAUGUUCCUGCCAAUAUGGAGGCAUUAGUUGCAGAAAAGCGACGUGAACUAGUAGAAAUGGUUUCUGAGGUUGAUGAUAAACUUGCUGAGGCUUUUCUCAGUGAUGAGCCUAUAUCCUCUGCUGAUCUUGAGGAGGCAGUACGCAGGGCUACAGUAGCUCGGAAAUUUGUACCUGUAUUUAUGGGCAGUGCAUUCAAAAACAAGGGAGUACAGCCGCUUCUGGAUGGUGUUCUCAGUUAUUUGCCGCAUCCAACUGAAGUUAGUAACUAUGCUCUUGAUCAAACCAAGGGCGAGGAGAAGGUUUUGUUGUCUGGAACUCCAGUUGGACCUCUUGUUGCCCUGGCUUUUAAAUUGGAAGAAGGGCGCUUUGGUCAGUUGACAUAUUUAAGAGUUUAUGAGGGUGUCAUUCGGAAGGGUGAUUUUAUAGUAAACAUAAACACAGGCAAGAAGAUUAAGGUCCCUCGUUUGGUGCGGAUGCAUUCUAAUGAGAUGGAGGACAUUCAAGAGGCACAUGCUGGGCAAAUUGUUGCUGUAUUUGGUGUAGAUUGUGCUUCAGGAGAUACGUUCACUGAUGGGUCAAUCCGAUACACCAUGACUUCUAUGAAUGUUCCUGAACCAGUGAUGUCUUUGGCUGUUUCACCAGUAUCCAAAGAUUCUGGAGGUCAAUUUUCAAAAGCUUUGAAUCGUUUUCAAAGGGAAGAUCCUACUUUCCGUGUUGGUUUGGAUGCUGAGAGUGGACAGACAAUCAUUUCUGGAAUGGGGGAGCUGCAUCUAGACAUUUAUGUUGAACGCAUUCGGAGAGAAUACAAGGUUGAUGCAACUGUUGGAAAGCCUCGUGUUAAUUUUAGAGAAACCAUUACACAGCGUGCUGAAUUUGAUUAUCUGCAUAAGAAGCAAAGUGGAGGGCAAGGUCAAUAUGGAAGAGUGUGUGGGUAUAUUGAACCACUCCCACCAGGGUCCCCAACUAAGUUCGAAUUUGAAAAUGUGAUUGUAGGCCAAGCUAUACCAUCAGGCUUUAUCCCAGCUAUUGAAAAAGGUUUUAAAGAAGCAGCAAAUUCGGGUUCAUUAAUUGGGCAUCCAGUUGAAAAUAUUCGCGUUGUUUUGACUGAUGGUGCAUCCCAUGCUGUGGAUUCUAGUGAACUUGCAUUUAAGUUAGCUGCAAUAUAUGCUUUUAGACAGUCCUAUGGGGCAGCAAAACCUGUGAUAUUGGAACCUGUCAUGCUGGUGGAGUUGAAAGCCCCAACGGAGUUUCAGGGCACUGUUACUGGUGAUAUCAAUAGGAGAAAAGGUAUGAUCGUUGGAAAUGACCAGGAUGGAGAAGACUGUGUAAUUACUGCCCAGGUGCCCCUGAACAAUAUGUUCGGAUAUUCCACAUCUCUUCGUUCAAUGACACAGGGAAAAGGUGAAUUCACAAUGGAAUACAAAGAGCAUUCACCGGUUCCUCAAGAUUUGCAGAUGCAACUGGUUAACACUUACAAGGCUAGCAAGGGGGUCGAAUAAUUUGGUUUCGCAUUGGAGUUGUGCCAUCGUAUUCUUUGGGAGAGCCCAUGCACCAUUUGUUUUUUUCCCUGGCACUUUUAUUGAGAUUUGGGAGUGAGUUUUCUGCUCAUUGUGCUCAAAUAAAUUUUGUUUUCUUUUUUCUUAGUCUACAUUUAUGUAAUUCUUUUUCUUGAGGAAAAGAGGAAGAAAUAGAGAAGCAGAAGGGGGACUGGGGACGGAAGGCUGCCAGGGAUAUCCAUUGUGUGAGAGCGGACUAUAUAUAUAGAUAUCUGUAACUAGUCACCUGUUUUACGCUGCCAUAAUUUAUAUCUUUACAGGGUUUUCUUGUGUCA